CCCUUUUAUAACGCGACGAUUUAUUAUUUGUUUGUCUAUUUUACUCUCGGCAAGGGAGGUAGGGCAGCUAUACAGGAGACAUCACCAACACGACCACCAGACUGCAGCUGGAGCACAGCCUCGGCAGCAAGCACAGUCCAGAAAACAGGCCAUGUAUCACUUAGCGCUGUCUUGUCAUUCCAACAUCCCCUAACCUUUAACAGUCUCCCAAUCGUCCCCCAACUCUCCAGUCUUCCCGUGUACCCUGACGCUCCAGUUCAGGCAGUCAUUGUGUCGGGAUGGAGGAGAAGCUGCCCAUUAUCGAAGUGACCGGGGACAACCUGGCUCAGGUGUGGCCCUCACUGUCAAAAGCCUUGCGAGACGCGACCUUCGUGGCCAUGGACUGUGAGCUGUCAGGCUUGGGCAACAGAAGCAAGAUCAAAAGCUUUGAACUUGACGUGCGGUACCAAAACAUGGCAGAAGUGGCCCGGAAUUAUGCUAUUGUUGCCCUGGGAAUAUCUUGCUUCUCUUGUAAUUCUGUGAGCAGUAUUGAUAUGCAAGAUGAAAAAGGUGAAGAACAAAUCCGCAGCCACGACUACAUGGUGCAGACCUUCAAUGUGCUCACCAUGUGCACCGACCCCUUCACUGUGGAGUGUGAUUCCUUGAAGUUCCUGCACAACCAUGGAUUUGACUUUAACAAGCUGUAUGCCAAGGGAAUCCUCUACUACAAGGGCUGUGAUCGCAAGAAUGACAAAUCACUGAGUGUACGAAAUCUCUUCACAAAGCUGCUGGAAUACAGGAAGCCCCUCAUUGUACAUAAUGGCUUGAUAGAUCUCAUCUUCCUCUACCAAUCCUUCUACUGUGACCUUCCCAAGAAGAAUGACACCUUUGCUGCAGAUCUUGAUGACCUUUUUCCAAGUGGAAUUUAUGACACAAAGUACCUUGCUGAGUUCCACCAAGCUGUGCCGGCAACUUACCUGGAAUACUUGUUCAAAAAGAUGCAGCUGAAGAACAUCAGUCGCCAGAGAAAUGGACAGUGGCAUGUACGGCUACGUUUUCCACCAUAUCCUAGGCAGACUCCUAACAUUGACUGGUACUCCUACCUCCAGAUCUUCUCUUACAGAGUGGAGGAGGACACUGACAAGCGGGACCUUUGCCAGAACUAUGCUUUUCACGGGUUUUGCAAUGAUGUUAAAUGUUCCUUGAGCCACAACAUCAACAGAGUGGUGAAGGUCCUCCAGAUGCAAGGAGCCAAGAAGCAUGGUGACUCCAAGUACUCCAGUUUUAAAGGAGGUUCUCUGGUCCAUGUUAUUGAAAAAUUUACUAAGACAAGGGAAGAAGGGAAGCCCCAGAAAAGAAAAUCAUCCUCUGAGAAUGUUCCUUCUGCAAAAAAGUGUCAUUUGAGCUCAAAGGAAACAAAUGAGCCAGAAGACAUCACCAAAAACUCAAAUGGUGUUGUACCAGAGCAGGUUCAGCCUCAGAACCUUCGCCGCAGUGCCAAUGGUCACCGUGCUGGCUAUGAUGCUUUUAUGACUGGCUACAUAUUUGCUAGUAUUGUCUCAGAUAAGGGAGUGUGGACUUCCAAAGAUAAUCCCUUUACACCUGAGAACAUUGGUUUGGCUGAUCAAGUAAAUAAGGUGUAUCUAGGGGGUAAAAACUUUCCUUUUCUGAUCAGAACAGGAGCCUAUGCAAGCAAGUCUUCAAAACAUUGCAGUAAAAUUGAAAAAGUUAGGAGUAGUGAGAGUACUCUAAGAAAUGUAUAAAUAUCAGGGUUUAAAAAAUAAAUGAUACACAAGUAAUACAUCUGUAAAUGUUUAAUGAAAUAUGUGUUCAGGUCAUAUUAAUAUUGAUCACAGCCUACCUUGGAUAAUACGAGUACAUGGUGCAAAAAUCUUUA